UCUCCUCUUUCUUCUUUUCUUCUUUCCACUAGUAUUCUUCUGCCCUGUGGGAGAAAAAACAGAGGGGAGGGUGGGGGAAACGCAAGGAAAAAAAAAGACUCUAUGUUAAAGUGGUUAAGUGAGAUGCCAGGUGUCAAAAAAAAUAAGGUAGGGACUGGGAGGGACACACAAGAACACGGACAGAGGAUCUGAACUCAGCAUAUAGCUACCUCAACCAACGAGUUAAUUAGCUACCUCAACAAAUUCUCUGGCUUUGUGAUUUGUUAAUUUGUUGUUCUGCUGAGCUAUUGUUUGAGUUUGGUGUGUUUCCCUUUCAUUGAUCUCGAGUUUGUUUUGCUGGAUCAUUUUCUCUUUACGUAUUUACUGAGUGUUUGCAGAACCAGAUUUCCAGGAACUGUUUUUCUCCCAUGGCCUUGAGCACCCACAGAGCUUCUACAUCUCGUACUUCAGCUGAAUGCGCUCCUCCUCGAUGGAAGCAUGAUGUUUUUCUGAGUUUCAGGGGCGAAGACACUCGCAGGGGUUUUAUCUCUCAUUUAGACCGUGCAUUGGCGUGCUGGCAAGCAAUGAGCAUUUUCAAGGACGAUCGAGAACUUGAAGUAGGAGCACCUAUUUCUCUGGAGCUGUUGACCGCAAUCGAAGAAUCAUAUCUUGCCAUCAUUGUUCUCUCCCCAAAUUACGCUUCUUCCACUUGGUGCUUGAAUGAACUCUCAGAGAUUCUUGAAUGCAUGGAAGACACCAAGAGAAUUCUGCCAAUCUUUUAUGACGUGGAUCCUUCCGAUGUACGAAAACAAACGGGGAGUUUUGCGGAAGCUUUCACUAAGCAUGAAGAAAGGUUUAGUGGAGAUGCCGAGAAGCUGAAUCGGUGGAGAGCCGCUUUAAGAAAUGUUGCCAAUCUCGCUGGCUUAGAUUCAAAAAAUUAUAAGUCAGAAGCAGAGCUUGUCGAUGACAUUGUCAAACGUGUGUGGAAGAAAGUGAAUCCUAUAGUCACGUUGUUAGAUUCUGAAGAGAAGUUAGUCGGAAUUGAUUUUGCACUUGAUCAACUACGCUUGCAUUUAGCUCCCGAAGAAAAUGAUGUCCGCUUUAUAGGGAUAUGGGGGAUGGGCGGGGUUGGCAAAACAACCCUUGCUAAGCUAGUUUUCGAGAGAAUUUCCCAUCAUUUUGAACUUAGCUGGUUUCUAUCUAAUGUGAGUGAGGUUUCGGGAAAACAAGGUGGUCUAGUUAAUCUACAGAGACAGAUUCUUUUCCCAAUCUUGAAAGAAAAUGUUGCCCAUGUUUGGGAUGAAGGAGCCGGAACCUUUUUCACUCAGAAACGUUUAUACAAUAAAAAGGUUCUUCUCAUCCUUGAUGACGUGGAUCAAUUAAACCAACUUAAAACACUGGCUGGAAAGAAAGAUUGGUUUGGUGUGGGAAGUAGAAUUAUCAUCACAACUAGGGAUGAGCGUCUACUAGUUGAGCAUGGUAUAGCGAUACGAUAUAAGGUCGAGGUAUUAAAGGAUGAUGAAGCUCUUGAGCUCUUUAGUCAAAAUGCCUUUAAGAAAAAUCAGCCUGAGGAAGGUUUUCUGGAACUCUCUAGGUGUUUCGUACAUUAUGCCAAAGGUCUUCCAUUAGCUCUGACAACAUUGGGAUCUUCUUUGUAUGACAGAGGUCAAGAUACAUGGAAAAGUUCGUUGGAUAAUCUAGGGAAAAUUCAUAAUCCAACAAUUUUUCACUCACUCAAAGUAAGUUAUGACAGACUAGAAGAGAUAGACAAGAAAAUUCUUCUUGACAUUGCAUGUUUCCAUAAAGGGAAGGAUGAAGAGCAAGUAAUUGGAAUACUAAACAGUAUCUAUAAUAUUUCUAGUCGUAUUAGGAUAGAUGUUCUCAUUGAGAAAUCUCUCUUAAUUAUGGAUAAAUUCAACAAUCCUAAUAGGGUUCAGAUGCAUGAUUUGAUACAAGAAAUGGCAUGGAAAAUUGUUCAUCUAGAGUCUCGAGGAGAUCCUUGUCAAUUCAGCCGUUUGUGGCUUCGCGAUGACAUUUCUCAUGUAUUCAUGCACAAUUUGGAAAUGAGAGCAAUUGAAGGCAUAGUCCUACGUUUGCCCAAAUUAGAAGCAGUGCCCUGGAAUUGUACUAAAGCCUUCAAUGAGAUGCAUGGGUUAAGGCUCCUUGACUUUGAUAAUGUGGUGUUUUCUUCAUGCCCUAAAUUUCUUCCAAAUUCCUUAAGAAUUAUGCAUUGGAGUUCGUAUCCUUCCAAAUCGCUCCCAUCAGGUUUCGAACCACAUUUGCUUUCUAAACUAGAAAUGUGGAAUAGCAAACUUGUCCGGCUUUGGGAUGGAGCACAGGAUUUUCCAAAUUUGAAAUAUAUGGAUCUUAGUAACUCCGAUAAAUUGACCAGUAUCCCAGAUUUCACACGCAUUCCAAAUCUUGAGGAAUUGGAUCUGGAAGGCUGUGAGAAAUUAGGCGAGGUUCACUCGUCUAUUGCAGUUCACAAAAAGCUGAAGGUUUUAAUACUUGAUGAAUGUAAAAGUAUUAAGAGUCUCCCAAGUGAGUUGGAAAUGGAUUCUCUUGAAUUCUUUAGUCUUCGGGGCUGCUCAAAACUGAAAAUGAUUCCAGAAUUUGGGGAACAUAUGCAGAACUUGAAAACGAUUUAUAUACAUAAGACUGCUAUUGAGCAAAUACCUUCAUCAAUUGAACAUCUGGUUGGCCUUGUUUAUCUAUAUAUAAGUAAUUGCAAAAGUCUCUUGGGUCUCCCGAGUGCAAUAUGUAAAUUGAAAUCUCUUACAACGCUGGCUAUGCGCGGAUGCUCAAAAGUUGAUAAACUCUCAGGGGAGCUUGAUUUAAGUGGAAGUGCUAUGAGAGAGCCGCUUGUUGCUAUGAAAAAUCUCAAAAAUCUAACCCUUCGUGGAUCAGUUGCUUCAAGGGAUGGCAUUUGGUGUGGCCUUGACUGGUUAUUUGGAAUUAGAAAGAGUGUUGACCCUGACCCUUGGCGUUUGGUGUUGUCUUCUCUAAAUCGUUUAGGGUCUUUGACGACAUUAGAUUUGAGUGAUUGUAAUAUUGGUGAAGGAGCCAUUUCAGAUGAUAUCGGCUGCUGCUUGUCUUCUUUAAAAAGGUUGGAUCUUAGUGGAAACAAUUUCGUUAGCCUUCCCUCAAGCAUUAGAUUCCUUUCUGAGCUUCUGUCUCUUGGAUUGGAGAGGUGCAAAAGGCUUGAGCAAUUGCCAGAUCUUCCGCCAAAGAGACCCUCAUUAAUUGUACGUGUAGACGACUGUACUUCCUUAAAAAGGUUGUCAGAUCCAUCAAAGUUGAGCGAAGGAGCCAAUGUGUAUGAUUUUGUGUCUAGUUGUGUUAAUUGCUUCAGAUUGGUUGAAGAAGAAGGCUGGAUCUGGAUUAAUAGAAUAUUUGCAAUGAUAUCAAUGGCCACAAUGGAUCUGGAUUAUCGGGCUGGACCUGAUAACCGUUUUGUAUGGCCUGGAAGUGAAAUUCCAGAGUGGUUCGAUAAUCGACGUGUGGGAGAUUCAAUAAUUGUGGAGCUGCCUCUACCUCCACAAACAUGCAGUGACUGGGUUGGGAUUGCUUUAUGUGUUGUUUUUGAAGAUUCUAAUAAAUAUUUGAAAGAUCCACCCUAUGCUUUUUUACUUAUUAACUGUUCGCAGGGAUCGUAUAACGUUUUUAAAGUUGGGCAACUUGAGUCACAACACCUUUGGGUUUUCUAUUUGCCUCGCAAUGAUCGCUGGUUCAGGGGUGCCUCAAGCAGUCAUCGAUUUUCAUUCGAAUGGGUAUAUUUGUUAACCAGAUCGGAAACAGAGCUGAAAACAAGUUUCUCAGUUAUAAAGAAAUGUGGAGCCCGUUUGGUGUACCAGAGAGAUUUGGAAGAAUUCAACCAAAUUCUGAAAAUCCCGAUGUCAGCAGCACUACAUGCAUCCGGUGACGAGGAGGCAGCCCCAAUUGGUAGUAGUGGAAGUGGUAGCUCUGAUGACCACGAUGAACCAGGAAUUGGUUGCUCUAAUGACGACGAUGAACAAGGAAUUGGUAGCUAUGAAAAUGAACCAGGAAGUUAGAGCUCUGAUGACGACGAUGAACCAAUCAGCAAAAGAUUCAAGAAAGUCUAAAUUAUUUUGUGCUUGGUUCAAUCAUUCAAUGGGUCUCAAUAUAAUACUGGAAAGGCUAAUGACGUUGGUCAAUUCUCAGAAUUCAUCUUGUUACAUUUCUUUUUCUUCUUAAGUUUCUUGUCCUAUCUUUUGAGUCUCUUUUUUGUGCAAAUUGUUUUGGCGUCAUGUAAAUUUCCUUUUUCUUAUUGAGAGUCUUGUGCUACGAUGUUCAUUAGAAAAAAGGAAAAUUCGUGGCUUUGUCUU